AUGUCGAAUCAGGGCACCAGCAGUGGUGGCUCAUCGUCCACCGCCGGGGCGACAGGCGCGAGCCGACAGCCAGCAGAUGGCCGCGUGUAUACAUCGUUCCAGAAACGAUUCCCUCGCAUGGCUUUUGUUGCCAACAAGGUCAUCACCUCGCGCACAGGUCGUACCACCGCUCGAGCAUGGUCCUACCGUCGUCCGCUCCUGUUCGGCUUCUUUGCCACAUACACCGCCGUCGGCUACCUCAAGCUUAAGCGCGACGCCUAUCUGCGCGAUCUCAUCCAUCCCGACACCUACCUCGUCUGGAAGGUGUACGAUGGCGCCAUUGUAGAAUCGCGCGGUCCACCCUCGGUGAGCGCGCUCAUCAAUGCUCCCGCUGCCGGUGAAGAGGCACCGCGGGUGAUGGAAAUGUUCGAGGUCAUCCGUGCGCUCAAAUGGGCGCAGGCCGACGACCGUAUCAAGGGCAUCUUUGCCGACUUUAGUGGUCUGCACCUCCCGUCCUCCGUCACUCCCAAUAGACUCGGCUUGGCGCAGAUCGAAGAGCUCAUGCAGGCCAUCCACGAGUUCAAGCAGGCAAAGAAGCAGCAACAUGGUGACAUGGCGCGUCCAUCCAUCGCAUGGGCCGAUACCUUCAACAGCCAGGGCUCGUUCUUGCUCGCUUCUGCCUUCGAUGAGCUGUGGAUGCAGCCCACAGGGUCCAUCCCAUUGACCGGACUGGGAGCACAAAUUCCCUUCUUCAAAAAGGCGCUCGACUACUUUGGCAUCAAGGUGCUCGCCGAGGCUCGACGCGAAUACAAAUCCAUGAUCUCGACGUUCAGCCGCGACGAUUCGCUCCCGGCUCCGCAGGUACAGAACGAAGCAGAGUUGCUCGGCGAGCUCAAUCGCGGACUCGUGCACGCAGUCGCCGUCAACCGCUUCCCCGACGAAGAUCCAGACGUCAUGUCUAGCAAAGUGGAGGCUUGGAUGAAAGAUGGGCCCUUCUCGACUCGGGAGGCCAAGCAGCUAGGUCUCAUAAAUGGUGCUGCCUUCAAGAGGGAUAUCAUCAAGAGGCUCGUCGAUCCAAAGCACGGCGGCAAUGACGAGACCAAGUUCAAGUCGCUUCAUCACUACAACAAGGUCAACGACCGUCAUCUCGACCGGCAACUCACCGAUGACGAAGUCGUCCAGGUCGGUGUUGUCUACUUGCUCGGAGGGAUCAGUUCGGCGCCGGGCGAGUUCUCGACCUCGUCCGUGCUCAAAGGUCUCAAGGAGGCUGGUGAGCACGAAGAUAUCAAGUCGAUCGUGUUACGUAUAGACUCUGGCGGUGGAGAUGUGGUCGCGAGCGAGUCCAUUUGGGAUGCCGUUCGACGUGUACGCGAAGAUUACGGCAAGCCCGUCGUCGCCUCGUUCGGCAAUGCCGCUGCUUCGGGAGGCUACUACGCCGCCAGUGCAGCUGACGCUAUCCUGGCUUGCGAGAACACGGUGACCGGAUCCAUCGGCGUCGCCUCACUUCGUCCGACCAUCACACGCGCAUUCUUCGACAAGUUCAACGUCGGCAUUCAAUCCUUCUUCACCGGCUCCACGUCGCAGUCGACGCUUCACGAGCUUGACGAGGCACAGCGAGCCAAGUCGUCCAAGCACAUCGACGAAAUGUACGACGAUUUCCUUCAGAAGGUUUGCGAUGGACGCGGCAUCUCGCGCGAUGUCAUCGAAAGUUUGGCCGGUGGCAGGGUCAUGACCGGUCUCAGCGCCUGGGCUCGCUGCAACCCCGACGCCGAAGUAGACCAGGUGCAGCUGGGUGACACAACGCCGAAAGCUGACAAGAUUGUAGAGCUCGGCCAAGAUGCGGCUUCGGAAAGGACCGACUCGAUCGAGGGCAAAGAGGACGAGGUAGUGAAAGAGGCUGUCAAGUCGGCUGUGCGCCGUGUCAAAGCAGUCAGCCUAACAAGUCGAUGGAGCACGCGAGAGGUGCCAGCAAGUAGCGGCAACAACACGGUCUUGAUCGAGCGUGUUGGUCCUAAUCACUCGGCCACAGCGACGCCGAGCGAGAUUGGCAGCAACACUUCCAGCGGCGACAGCAACGGUCUCCUCUCGGAACUGAUCGCCAAAGCCGAAGAGGCCUUGUUGGGUCGCUCCGAUACCUGCAGCGCCAACACAUCCAGCAACAACGCGCCCGGCAAACCACUCACCGGACCCGAAAAGCUUAAGAAACGGAUGGAGGAGGAAGAGUCUCGCCUCGCGGUGGCUGCUCACUCUGCUGCCGAAGAGUCGCGCAAAGGCGCUGAGGACACCGACGCUGAGAUCAAGCCCGCCGGCGUCGCUGCCAACGAAUCCGUCGAGGCCAUGGGAGCCAAGCUGGGUCCUUACGGCAAAGGCCUCGUCGACUCGAUCGGUGGUAUUUGGGACUCGGCCUACUACGCCAUGACUCUGGCGCUCCAGGCCGAGAUCGAGUCCAUGGUCACCAAGGACCAUCUCACGCUCGAGCAGGCCACCAACAAGAUUCGACCUGGAGCCGAUCGCGAAGUCACGGAAGAUGGCAUGCUCGCGCUCGCCACCGAUCUGAGGCUGGUACGAUUCCCUGAAGACAAACCCUUCUGGAAGAAGGUACAAGAGCUCAACGCCAAGGGAGAUCAGCCACAGCUAUCGCUGCUCCCGAGGGCCGUCAGCAACACUAUUGCCCUGAUGCUGCAGGAAGCAGGCGAGAGGGCGGCUAGAUCAGCCGUCAGAAUGAUGAUCGCCACAGCAGCCGAUCCAAGUGGCAUUGCAGCCGCGUUUGACGACCCACAGCUGGCCGAGAAGCUACGUGCCAACAACGGGCUCGGCGCGGGCAGGUCCAGGGGACGCGCAAGGGCCGAAUACCCGCUGGCUUCCUUUUUCAGCUAG